AUGUCGGGUUAUCGUACGCAGCAUCGAUUGCGAACCAUUUGGUGGAUUUGGUGUACAUUGUGGGGAUCCUACUUGCCGUUCGCCGACAGUGCCAUUUCCGAAACGGUGUGUGGCCAGGCCGGACAUCUGCUGGGCAAUUGUUUCCGAAAUUUCACUCCAACCGUUGCCGUGGAGGCGUUGCACGCUAGCAAAAUUCCCGACUCGCUAGAGGAAAUCAACCACCGGUGUCUGAUCUUCAAUCGUGGAAUGGAAUGCGUGGGCCAGUAUCUGAAGGAGUGUGUGAACGCGCGGCAGCGGAAAAUAAUUGAAAACGAAGUGUACGGCGCCCAAAAGCUGUACGAGUUUUUAUGCUACGACCAGGCAUUCCAGCGAGAGUUUUUACGGCACAAAAGCUGCUUCCAGUUGGUCCAUCCCGAGUGGGAUCUCUGCUCGAACCAGUUUAUAGGCGUGCUGAAGGAUGAAAUGACCAGAACCACCAAACAGUCCAUAAACGUUCAAUACAUACACUUUUGCUGUGCCCGCUACGCGUACGAGAAUUGCGUGUACAGCAGUGCCCGGUUCAUCUGUAAACCGGACUCGGCCAUAUUUUUGCGCCGGAUCGCGAAGCUUCUGUCGACCGAUAAGCACUUUCUCAACUGUGAUAAGAUUGAAAAUCAGCUUUGCUCCGGUGCGAUACGACAGCUGGCCGGUGACUGGACGGUGUACGCCACAUUCCUUGGUUCGGUGAUCGUACUGAUGAUGGGGCGGUAG